UACAACGUCACUUCAUUUGGUACAUUUCCGUCUAAAAUGCAUUUCAUCUCGAAAUCCUCCGAUAAUAAUGAUACAUUCAUUGUAUAUACAUACACGUGACUCUCGAUCAAGCUUUUGAAGUACUGUAGUAAGGUUACAAGGGUAGCUCCCACUUUCACAUCGCCCCAUUUCUCUUCCCCUCACUCCAACCCGAUUAUAUUACAACCCUUCACAUUCAGAAUGAGACCACCGAAUUCAUCACUGAAAAGGCUUAAGCCUUAUAUAUGUCAAGCGUGUACGAGACGUAUAAGAGGUUUUGCCACAACUUCUUCGUACUAUAACAACACUUCCCCUUCGACCUCUCCUUCGACUUCAAAUUCAACUACAAACGCAGGCCCAGAUGUUUAUGAUGUGGUAUGUGUUGGUGGUGGCCCUGCUGGAUUAAGUCUAGCUGCUGCUUUGCGUAUGCUUUUCUCCUUUCUCUAUGUCAAUAUUUCAUUCUUAAAUAUAUAUAUAUAUCCAUUUAUUCAUUAAAUAAAUGAAAACUCACUGAAAUCCAGGCGCAAGCGCCCUUACUCGCAAUCUCCGUCUAGCCCUAAUCGAACCACAAUCCCUUUCCAAAUCGCUCAAUUGGAAACUUAAGGAGGGAGAAUAUUCAAAUAGAUGUAGUAGUUUGACGCCGAAGAGCGUGAGGUUUCUCCAGGAGAUGGGGGCUUGGGAAUUGGUCGAGCGGCAGAGGGUACAGGGUUAUGGGGGCAUGCAGGUUUGGGAUGGGGUUAGUGGGGGGAGGAUCGAGUUUGAUGUUGAGGAAGGGCAGGGGUUGGUGCAGGAUAAUACUGCUGAGGGGAAGGUAGUGGCUUAUAUGAAUGAGAAUGCGAAUUUGGUGAGGGGGUUACUGCGGAGGAUAGAGGGGUUAGGAGGGGUUGAUGUUUUGGAGGGGAAGGUUGCGAAUAUUGAGUUGGGACACGAAACAGAAGAGGGUGAUUUUUCUGGCUGGCCAAUUGUGAAGGUUGAAGGGCAGGAGAAAAGUCUCGCCGCGAGAUUACUAGUCGGUGCAGAUGGGCAAAAUUCCCCCGUGAGGAAAUUCGCAGGAAUAGAGAGUCGAGGGUGGGAUUAUGGUCGUGUAGGUGUAGUAGCGACGUUGGGAUUGGAAGCACGACAUGAAGUAGGCAAGAUCGCAUAUCAAAGAUUCUUACCUACAGGACCCGUGGCCAUGUUACCUCUCCCAGGAAACUACGCAACAUUAGUUUGGAGCACCACACCGGAGAAUGCGGCUGUUUUGAAAACACUGAGUCCGAGAGAUUUCAUCGCUAUGGUUAAUGCAGCGUUCAGAUUAAGCACUGUAGAUUUAAAAUACAUGCAUACCCAAUCCUCAGGCCAAGCAGAAGAAGUGUCAUGGCGUCUCCAACAUACACCCAUUUCCGGCUCCGUCCCCGCCCCAGUAACCGGCGUCCAGGAAAAUAGCAUCGCUUCCUUCCCCCUCAAAAUGCGUCACGCGGAUACAUACAUCGGGGAACGUAUCGCGCUCGUCGGAGACGCCGCACAUACUAUUCAUCCGCUAGCGGGCCAGGGACUAAAUCAAGGACAAGGAGAUGUUGAGAGUUUAGUGAAGAGUAUCGGCUAUGCCGUGGAACAUGGCAUGGAUAUUGGGGUGCGCAUGAGUUUGGAGGGGUAUAAUUCCGAGAGGUAUAUGCAGAAUCAUGUGUUACUGGGAGUGGUGGAUAAGCUGCAUAAGUUGUAUAGUGUGGAGCGUGGACCGGUAGUUUGGGGGAGGACGUUAGGUUUGAGGGCGGUGGAUGCGAUGGCGCCGUUGAAGAAAUUCUUGAUGGGUCAGGCGGCGGGGACGGGGGCAAAAAUUUUGUAGGGUUGUUGUAAGAUAGUAUUAGAGAUGGGGUUAUUGUAUGAAUACAGCUAGAGGGUUCAGAUGAUGAUGCAAUGGGUAUGAUGGAUGGAUGUGGGAAUAAUGACAACAGACAAAUCUUGAUAAUAUAAUAAUCGCUCCCUAUAUUCUAUU